AUGUCGUUCCUCAAGAAGCCGUUUCGCAAGAUUAAAGAUCUGACCAGCAAAGAUACGGAUGAAGAUUCGGUUCCAGGAAAAGCAGAGGGUACGAGUGGUACUUCGACCCCUCAAUCCGGCCUAGAAAAUGGCCUCGCAAAUGGCAACGGCAAUGUGGUGGCCCCUCUGAAUGGGAAUUCCGUUUCAGGACACCCAAGUUCAGAGGUGGUUCGCGCAGAUAAGCAGAGGAAAAGUUUGGAUCGAGCGCGAGUAAAGGCCGAAAACAAAAAGCGGGAGUCGAUGGCACGGAUAGAUGACGAGAAGUUCUUGGAGGAGGGGCCUCCAGAGUUAACAAAGCUAUACCGACCAUAUAGCAUGAAUAUGAGCAAAAGAUGGAACCACGAAAAUCGGGUUUUAUUCAAGGAGAUGAACUUCGCACAAGCAGAAGGGAAGGUUAUCUCGUUCAGAGCGCGUAUCCAUACGCUUCGCAGAAUGAGUGCCAAGCUUGUGUUUAUAGUGUUCCGCCAGCAAACCAUGACAAUUCAGGGAGUUUUGCAGAGUUUUAGACCUGUGGAUGAACUUGAAGCUGAAGGCAACGGAGCGAUUUCUGAAAACAUGGUCCGAAGUAUUGAGCACUACCCAAGCGAGACGAUAGUCAUUGUACAUGGAAAGCUCCGAAAAGCCAUGAAGCGAGUUAAAAACGCCACCAUUCACGAUUAUGAGCUCGACGUCCUCGAGGUACACAAAGUUGGAGAUUUGUCAGAACACGUUCCUUUUACCGUUUACGAUGCGGAAAACAUCAAUCGAGACAAGGAGGACGCAGACGAUGAUGUAGAGGACGAUGCAGGCGAGGAUCAAACUCCUCGAAGCGCAUCACCACAUGAGCGCGAUUCUACGGAUGUCGCGCGAAGAUCAAUUGAUGGCGUGCGUAGAUCUGUAGAUAAAUUGUCAGACAAGCUCAAUAAUGCUAGUAGUCGCAGCACUAUGGACGUUUUCAGACAAAACCGAUCACUUCCACAAAGAGUUCGAUUAAACAAUCGUAUUGUUGAUCUUCGUACAGGACCAGCACAAUCUAUUUUCCGUAUUCAAUCUGGCAUUUGCAAUCUUUUCCGUUCUUAUCUUGAUACCCAAGGAUUCAUCGAAAUCCACACCCCAAAAUUGCAGGGUGGUGCGACUGAAUCCGGAGCAACUGUUUUUGAAUUAAAUUAUUUCGGACGACCAGCCUUCCUGGCACAAUCGCCACAAUUGGCCAAACAAAUGGCCAUCGCCGCUGAUUUCGAACGAGUUUACGAAAUUGGUCCUGUUUUCCGUGCUGAGGACAGCAACACACCACGUCAUUUGACUGAAUAUACCGGUCUCGAUCUCGAGAUGGCUUUGGAAGAACAUUAUCACGAGGCUCUCGAUAUCAUCGACGGAAUGUUCAAGAACUUGUGGCAAGGAAUUUACGACCGAUACUCGAGCGAAAUUGAGCUCAUUUCACAUUUCUAUGCCCACGACAAGGUCAAGUGGCUGGAUGUUACUCCAAGAAUCGCAUUCAAGGAUGGUAUUCAGAUGCUCCUGGACAGUGGAUGGGUUGAGGAAGAUGGUAGCCGUCCAUCUGUGCUCGAAGAUAUGUCAACCCGAGCAGAAAUCAGAUUAGGUGCUCUAGUGAGAGAGAAGUACGACACUGAUUACUAUAUUCUCGAUAAGUUCCCUGCUUCGGCUCGACCUUUCUAUACCAUGCCAGAUCCAUCAGAUGACCGCUACACCAAUUCCUUCGAUAUUUUCAUGCGAGGGCAAGAGAUUUUGAGUGGUGGUCAACGUAUCCACGACGCAAAAUUCCUCGAAAAGAAGAUUAAGAAGGCAGGCAUCAAACCAGAUACAAUGUCUGAAUAUCUGGAAGGUUUCAGAUGGGGAGCACCACCACAUGCCGGUUGUGGUAUUGGGUUGGAACGUCUUACCUACCUCUUCCUCAAUCUCGGAAACAUCAGAUUAGCUUCACUCUUCCCCCGUGAUCCAAAGUCAUUACCUGCCAAACCUCCAGUUAUGGCUCUUCGCCAUGACGAUGCUAGCACCGUCAACCCACCAUGGGAGCAAUUCGAUACCGAUGACGGAACUGCAAGUCCAGCUCACGACACUCGCCUUCAACCCGUCGAAAAGCUCAUUGCAAACUACGGUGAUGCAGCCAAUACUUCUUGGUUAGACAAACGUUAUCAAAUUUAUCGUCAUCCUUCGACCGGUGCUGCUCAAGGUUAUAUUGUACACAACAACUUUGCCAUUGCAGUCGGCGAUCCACUCUGCGCCAAAUCCCAAUACCCACAAGUCAUUUCCGCUUUCAUCCAAUUCAUCAAAGAGAAAGACCACCAUAAACACCUCGGCAUCAAAGGAGAACUCAAACCAAUCUGGAUGAUUGCCGGAAAAGAAGUCGAAGAAUAUGUGGGCGAGAAAUUCCAAUGGAGAACUCUAGCUUGUAUCGCCGAAGAGCGCGCCAAUCCCAAAGACAACCCCGCCCUCAAAGACAAGGAUCUGGCUCGUAAAGUUCGUCACGCCGAAGCAGAAGGUGUCAAAAACAUCGAAAUCCCAUCCAAUGAACCCGUCCCGGAAGACAUCAAAUCCCGCGUCGAUCUCGGCGUCCAAAACUGGCAAAAGGGUCGCAAAGGAACACAAGUCCAUCUCACUGAGAUCAGACCAUGGGUGGAUGAAGCCCAUCGCCGCUACUUCUACGCCCUCGGCUCCGAUAACGAAAUCAAAGCCAUCGUCGUCCUCCACCAACUCUCACCGCAAAACGGAUACCAAGUUAAAUUUUCCCUCGAAUUCCCCGGCGCCCCGUCUGGCACCAUCGAGUCUCUCAUCCUCUACUCUCUCCGUAGCAUUGCUGCAGCCGAUCCGGACACGCGACAGGUCACCUUUGGAACGGGCGCGAUGCCGAGUCUGGAGGGUGGACGCAAUCUGGGCAAACAUAAGGUCAAGGCGCUCCGCAGGGCGUACGAGACGAUCAAUAAACAGUUCAAGUUGACUAAUAAGAGUGAGUUUCGUGAGAAGAUGGGGUGUUGGAAUGAGCCUGUUUUCGUGUGUUAUCCCCGUGGUGGCCUGGGUGCUGGGGGCAUCAGGGCCAUCAUGGGAUUCUUGGAGGAGGAGGGGUAG